AUGGCCCAGAGUAAGCCCAGCAGCCCGGACCCGGUCUACACCCCAGGUACGGCUCGGGGCGCGAAACUAGCAGCUCUGCUGGUGGACGAGGGGACCUCGCUAGUCAGGAAGAUAUUUGAAGAUGAAGUGCGGAACAUGAACCCUCCAAGUCUUCGUGAGCAGCUCAAGAAACAUAAAGGAUAUCUUUGUGGAUUACGUCACUUAAAUCCUGGUCAAAGGAAAACACUGUAUCCACCCAGCGGUAAGAUCUCUUCUGUGCUCUACUCUAAUGUUCCAGAUACUGCGCAGGGGUUCGACAUAUCACUCUUAGAACUCCUCUUGAAAGAACUAUGUGCAAAUGCACCGUGCGCAGGCGAUCGGGACCAACUCCGGCGGUUUAGAAACGCCAAUUACGGACACAGACCAAGCACGGACUUGUCUGAACAAGACUUUAACAGACUGUGGAAGGAACUGGCUGGUAUCCUGGUCGCGCUAGGUGGGGACAGAGACAAGAUUUCAAGAAUGCUGAACUCCAGCAUCGACCGACAACUAGCAGCCGAACAUUUUGCACUACUAGAUAGACUUUACAAGGAAGACAUGGAGGUCAAACAGGCCCUGGGCAGUCUGAAGAAAGGUCAAGUCGGUCUGAAGGAAGGACAGGACAGUCUGAAGGAAGGACAAGACGGACCGCCUGACGCGGUUGAUGACGUCAUUGGCUGUCUGAAGGACCUGUACGCUACAGAGUAUGCGCAUGUGCGGCCUCUACCGUGGUGUGAAGACCUCAACCUGCAUCUUGGAGAGGUCUACACCAACCUGCAGAUCCAGCAAAGAAACGAUAGGGGGCGCUUUCAAGACACAGACACUAUCGUAAGCUUAGCAGAUAUCUAUAAGACAAGGAAAGGUGAAGAUAGCCAACUUAACGUUAGUUCAGCUGUCAGAAAGAUACGAGUAGAGGGGGACCCUGGUAUUGGGAAGUCGUGCUCUUGUCAGAAACUUGCCUUUGAUUGGUCCUGUGGGAAACUGGACAGGUUUAAGGUCGUGUUUUUUCUGGAAAUGCGACACUUAGCUGGGAAAGUCAAAAGUGAAAUAUUUGAGCAGCUCCUACCAAAGGACGCAAAAAUGACCCCGGACCAGCUCUGGUCCUACAUCCAAGAGAACCAGGAUGAUGUUCUCUUAAUCCUAGACGGUCUAGAUGAGCUAAGUAGGCCAGCUAGGGAAGUCACAGAUGUGGUGGACUUGAUCCAGGGUAAAAUCCUCAGGAACUGUCAUGUCCUGGUGACCUCCAGGCCGUACCACUGUGUCAAAGACCUGGAAAAAUGUCACCAAUACUACAAAAUUGUAGGUUAUACUGAGGAAAAUUCAGAGGAGUUCAUACACAAAUACUUUUGUGAGUCCCCGGAGUCUGCCUCAAAACUAGUGGAACAGCUUCAAAGAAAUAGCAGUUUGUCAGAAAUAGUAGUCAACCCCCUCAACAAUGUGCUCAUAUGUGUUGUGUGGGAGGAAAACAGUGAAAAACUGCCUUCUAGCAAAGCUGAACUAUACGAAAUGAUUGUUUAUUCGGUUGCUAAUCGUUUCUGUACAAGGAUGGAGCUCCCGAUGGAAGGUGAUAAACUUCCUCCUGACGUAGAAGAGGCCUUACGAGGUCUGGGAAAACUGUCCUGGGAGGGACUAGAGCAGGAACAGCUCCAGUUUAACAUAGAUGAGAUCAAAAAGAAGUAUGGCACAACUGCCGAUAACAUGUUGACCAUGGGCCUCCUGACUAGAGAUUACUCUUUCUCCAGAAUCAAACGCACCUGCUACUGCGCCUUUCUGCACAAAACGUUUCAGGAAUACAUGGCCGCCCGCUACAUCAGUGGCCUGGUCAUGGAUGGAAGUAGCAGAGAAGAGGGGAUGAAAUGUGUUUGUCGCUUGUUUGGUAUGUCAAAUGCUACCGUGGUUAACAGGGAACAAGUUAUAUCUUGCCAUCGUAAGUACAGGGAGGUGCAACGCUUGUUACUUUUGAUCCUAGGUGAGAAUUCACGCCCAGUAUUUGAACGGUUUGCAGAGGAACUAAGCAAAGCCCAAACAGAUGGAGACAGGGAACCUUUGUCAUUUUUGUGUUUUAUGUGGCUUGGGACAAGUUGUGCAGGUGGUAAAAUGGCCGAGAUUGUAGCACCCUGCUUGUCUCAGCACGCAACCAACAACCUGGAGGAUUUCAUAGUUAAUCUUGAUAAUGAAAGGAAUUGCUGUUAUAUUGACAAGGAGCAAUGUCCAUUGGACAAGGAGCUUGGUGUAGAGUUCUCAGAGAUUGACAGGCGGUUGGCCCAUUUGAUCGAGUGUAACAUUCGCCUCAGGUCCAUCAAGUUAGAGAUAGCGAUCCGGGAAAACCGAACUCUGGAGACGCUGGUGGUUGAGGGGAUGCUUUCUCACUCGGAGUGCAGGGCAGAGAUGAUUUCCGAGCUGUUACGUAAUAAGCCUAGCAACUACAAGGAACUCAGUAUCACUUUGUCUGACAGUACCUCUGUUCAUGACCAGGCCUAG